CAAUCUGCUCCCCAUUUCUUCUGAAAACUCCAAUUAGUUGCCAUUGUUUCUCCUUCCUUCCUUAUCUCAACAUUUCUCUAUAUAUAGAAUAGUAAUAAAUAAAUCAUGAUAGGCAGCACAUGCUAUUCUGCUAAUACCAUCCAAUCACUAAACCCCACGUGUCCCUAUUCUUCCUCCUCCUCUGUUAUCUCCAGUCUUCGUAAACCCCAGAUUCAGAAUAAUAUUAUCCAAAAUACAAGAAGAAGAAGAAGAAUCAUUACUUGUAAUUAUAAUAGAAGAAGAAUGACUAGUGCUGUUGGUGCAAUGAAAACAACAACAUCAGAAGUUGGAAUACAGAAUCAACAGGAAUUGAAAAAAGGAAUAGCAGAUUUAUAUGAUGAGUCUUCUGGGAUUUGGGAAGAUAUUUGGGGUGACCAUAUGCAUCAUGGAUAUUAUCAACCUCAAUCAUCUGUUUCACUUUCUGAUCAUCGUUCUGCUCAGAUCCGUAUGAUUGAACAAGCUCUAACUUUUGCUUCUAUUUCUGAAGAUCCAGCCAAGAAACCAAUGUCCAUAGUUGAUGUUGGAUGUGGAAUAGGAGGCAGUUCUAGGUACCUUGCAAAGAAAUAUGGCGCUACAGCUAAAGGUAUCACUUUGAGUCCUGUACAAGCGGAGAGGGCUCAAGCUCUUGCUGAUGCUCAAGGAUUAGGGGAUAAGGUUUCAUUUCAAGUCGCAGACGCCUUGAAUCAGCCAUUUCCAGAUGGGCAAUUCGACUUGGUUUGGUCCAUGGAGAGUGGAGAACACAUGCCGGACAAAGAAAAGUUUGUUGGCGAAUUAGCUCGAGUGGCAGCACCAGGAGGCACAAUCAUCCUUGUUACUUGGUGCCACAGGGAUCUUUCCCCUUCAGAGGAAUCUCUGACUCCAGAGGAGAAAGAGCUGUUAAAUAAGAUAUGUAAAGCCUUCUAUCUUCCGGCAUGGUGUUCAACUGCUGAUUAUGUGAAGUUACUUCAAUCCAACUCUCUUCAGGAUAUCAAGGCAGCAGAUUGGUCUGAGAAUGUAGCUCCAUUUUGGCCAGCAGUUAUAAAAUCAGCACUGACAUGGAGGGGCUUCACAUCAGUACUACGCAGUGGAUGGAAGACGAUCAAGGCUGCAUUGGCAAUGCCACUGAUGAUUGAAGGAUACAAGAAAGGUCUCAUCAAAUUUGCCAUCAUCACCUGUCGAAAACCUGAAUAAUUAUUUGCUUAGCUACUGAUUAAUAAACAUUGAUGGAUCUUGGAAGAAAAAUAAACUAUCUAUUAGGCACAAGAAAUGCAACAUUGAAUGAACUCCAGAAUGCAAGCUGAAGAAAUUGUCCUAUUUUCAGGAGUACUACAUCAGCUUUAAUAAUCCAUUAACAUAUUGUAUUGUGAAAUUGCCACAUUGUACUGUACCAAUCAUCAAAAGAAUAUCAAGGUCUCUAGCUCUAAGAAGAAUUGCUCAGCUUAUCUGCUAAUGAUGUUAAUGAGUUUAUAAGUCCUUUGAGUAUGAUAGAGAAUUGCCAAUAUAACAAAAAAAUUGAAAGAAAAAAAAAAACUUUGGUACAAGUGUUGUUCUUGAAAGGGUGCAUAUUAGUUGUGCAGAGUUAGAGUUCUAAUUACGAGU